UACCAGAAAACAUCGAGCUCUUACACGACCUUUUAUGGUGGUGUUGGUAUUUACAUCUCAUCCUCCCUAAAUGCAAUUCAUAGGUCAGAUUUAAGCUUUAAUUCUGUUGAGGCGGAAUCCUGCUGGACUGAAAUCUUACAGGAACACAAGCCUAGCAUAAUUGUGGGAUGUACAUACAGGCACCCCUCGUCUAAUGUUGAUAAUUUUAUAUCUCAACUACAAAACCUCGUCAGUCCCUUAAACCAAUCCAAGCAUCAAGUCUUUUAUCCAAGUAAGUCUUUAUCCAAUGACCCAGCCAACAUCCACACUAAAGCCAGCAGCUUUGUCGAAAAACUUAAAGGCAUAGUCAAUAAACAUGCGCUAAUUAAACACAUACCCUGCAGCCGUAUAAAACAAAAGAUUCAGAAACCCUGGAUAACAGAUACCUUAUUAAGUUCUAUAAGAAACAAGCAGAAAAUGUAUCGCACGCACUUUCUUUCUAAAGAUCUAGACAAGGUAGCUUACCACAAAAAAUACUCAAACACUCUGAAUAAGCUGAAAUGGACCUGUAAGUCAUCCUACGAUAAGCAGCAAUUUGAACUAAAUAAGAACAACCUAAAAAGUACAUGGAAGUUAAUUGGCACCAUUAUAAACAGGAAACCUAAAUGACACACUGUACCAGCAAAGUUACACUACAAUGGAAAAACCUACACCGACAAACAUGACAUUGUCAAUCAGUUCAAUGAGUACUUUAUAAAUAUUGGUCCAAAUUUGGCAUCUACAAUUCACUCAAGUAUAAAAGCUGAUGCUUUCCUCCCAGCAACUCAUAGUUCUAUUUUUUUCUUUCCCCGGUGGAUUAAGCGCAAGUUGAGUUAAGUUAGCACUAUCUGGCCUUGUUAGGCACAAAGCCACUAUAGAUAUCCCUAACUAUCUAAUCAAGAUUGACAGCAAUCUGCUUUCAACUCCCCUCACAAACUUAUUUAAUGAAUCAAUUGAAUCAUGUAUUGUCCCGGAUAUUUUCAAGAUCUCAAAGGUUACUCCAGUCUUCUAG